AGCUUUGGCUCAGGAUGGUGUGGCCCCGCCCUGCUUUGCCAUGGGUUGAGGUGCCAGUCAUCGACUUGUCUGAUGACGAGCUUGAGGUGCAGGGGGCUCCAGACAAGAGCGAGCCGCAGGUAUCUGCCAAGCGGCGCACGUCCGUGCCAGCCAUGUUCAAGCCUCAGAAGGCUCAGAGGACUCUGUCUCCGGGCCCGUGCCCUGUGCCGAAGUGCUUUGGCACAGCUGUUUUUCUGGAGCCCAACGCCGAUUUCCUGUGGCACCUCAGGGAGUACGGCUAUGCAGUCUUGCAGGGCGUCUUGGGUGAAGAUUGUGGGAGGUUCCAGGACGAGUUCUGGAGCGCCAUGGCAAGUGUAGUUCCACGCCUUGACCCCAGCAGAGUGGAGACAUGGACCUUCCCCAAAGGCUUCCGAGGCAUUGUAACGAGCUACGGUUUGCCUCAUGCAGACUUUGCCUGGAUGGUCCGUGCGCAUCCUCGCAUGAGGCAGGCUUUUGCGCAUAUCUUUGGCACCGAAGAUCUGGUGGUGAGCCUGGAUGCGGUCAUUGCACAAGCAGGCGCUUCUACAACAAAGUUGCCGCAGUGGCUGCACAAGGAUCAGCACCCCAAGCAUGCCGGCCUGUCCGUGCAAGCAGUGUACACGCACUACGGCAGCGGACCGCUGGAGGCUGGGACGUGUGUCGUUCCUUUCUCCCACAAGACGACCUACCCCUGGGAGCUGGCGGCAAAGGGCGACUUCAUCCGGGCCCCAGAGGACUUCGAAAGUGAAGCGAACGCCGUGAAGCCGGACGUGCCGCCCGACAGCGCUAUCUUCUUCAACUCGCGCCUAGUGCAUGCCAGCAGGGGGCCACUCAGCACUCCGUCCCUGGCCCGGCCAGCCCGGCCGGCACGACCGGCCCGGGUGGGAGUUUGCGUGGCCUAUGCGCCCUGCUCCCGGCGCUCUGAGGCGACCAGGCGCAAGAAAGAGAUGGCAUACCUUCAGGGCAAGUGCAGCAGCCACUGGCCGUGCGACCGCUUCUCCCUGAAGCCACCCAUGAAGUCCUUCCAGGUGCUACAGGGGGCGGCGACGUUGCCCCCCCCUCCUCGGCUCGAAGAGCGCCUGCGCUUGCUUUGACAUUUGCAGAUCACUUGUGCUGUGGGGCAGC